GACUUGCGUUUUUAAACGACUCACAAAGCAAAAGAAAAAGAAGAAGAUCAACUUCUGAUUCCUCCGACUAACAACCAUUUCCAUCAUCGUUUUCCUCCGAUACCUUUCGUCGUCGCCGUUCUUCGGAUUUUCACUCUUCUGCUCGAAAGGUCUCUCUCAUUCCUUCUCUCAAUCCAUAACGAGCAACUUCUCUUCUCUAUAUCACUCCUGCUUCUAGUUUAGCUGCUCAUCUUCUUCUACUUGCUGCAACAACUCGAAAUCGUCAUUUCUAUUGUUCUAGGCAGUGCUUGAGAAUCACUGAAGAAGGUGAUCGCUGGUCCUUAAAGUCGAAGCAGAUACCAGUUGAUAACUCAAAGCCGUUUUGCUCAAAGUUAGGAGCUCAAGAACUUGGAGCUGUCUUCUUUUUGUAUCAUGCCAUAUUUUAUUCAGAGGCUUUUCAAUACUUGCAAGUCAUCUCUCUCACCUAAUGGUCCUGUGUCUGAGGAGGCCUUAGACAAGGUUCGCAAUGUGUUGGAAAAAAUCAAGCCGUCUGAUGUUGGUCUUGAACAGGAAGCUCAGUUGGUGCGUAACUGGCCUGGUCCCGGGAAUGAGCGUAAUGGAAACCAUAAUUCUCUGCCAGCAAUAAAAUACCUUCAGUUACAUGAGUGUGACAGCUUCUCGAUUGGAAUUUUCUGCAUGCCACCUGGGUCUGUCAUACCACUUCAUAAUCAUCCAGGCAUGACAGUGCUAAGCAAGCUUGUUUAUGGUUCUAUGCACGUGAAGUCGUAUGAUUGGGCUGAGCCUGACCAAUCAGAGCUAGACGAUCCAUUACAAGCAAGACCCGCGAAGCUAGUCAAGGAUACUGAUAUGACUGCCCCUUGCCCAGCAACCACUCUAUAUCCAACAACCGGUGGCAACAUUCAUUGUUUCAAAGCCAUUACUCAUUGUGCAAUCUUCGACAUCUUAUCUCCUCCAUACUCUUCUACUCAUGGCAGACACUGCAACUACUUCCGAAAAUCCCCAAUGCUAGACUUACCUGGUGAGAUUGAAGUGAUGAAUGGAGAAGUGAUCUCAAAUGUGACAUGGCUCGAAGAGUAUCAACCUCCAGAUAACUUUGUGAUAUGGAGAGUUCCGUACAGAGGUCCAGUGAUUAGAAAAUGAGAAUUACAAAAGAGGUUUAAGCAUAUAAGAAAAGAGCAGAAAGAGAAAGGAGCUUAUCAUCAGGAGAAUAAUUGGAGAGGCUGGCUGCAUAAUGGUCGAGGUUCUUACAUAAUUGUGACCACAUUAAGUUUCAGCCUAUGUCGUUGUAUGAUAAUGUUUACUACAUACAACUUUAUGAUUACUUCACUAGUUUAAUAUUAUAAUAUUUUUUUUCCUAUUUUUAUAUGCAGCUAGCUGCAUAAACAAUUGCUCAUAAACAGUGUUAAUUUAGUUAUCAUAAAUUUUGUUUC